CGAUGCUGCGGAAGGCGGAAGUGCUGGUGAGGAGCAGGUGGACUUGGUGUGGUGGGGGUCCUGCGGCUUCUUCCAUGCGAGCCCGGCGGGCUCCUUCACGCAAUGGGACCACCAGGCGUCCCUCAAAGAAGCCGAGAUGUGAAAGGAAACGCCUGGCCAAGCCGAAGACAGGACCUCGGGUGGGGCCGGCGGAUGAAGCCCACUCGGGAGCAUCCACCCUGGACCUUGAGGUGAGGCUGCAGAGCGAGAAGGGGCCUUCAGAAGAUCCCCAAGAUGUAGGCGAGAACAUGGAACCCAGGGGGUCUGAGGUCUUCCAGCCCCACCUACCACAGAAGGUGGAGGAAGAGGAAGGAGGAGGAGAGACCGGGACGGCUGGUCCGUCCACCUCUUUGCAGAUGGAGCCGGAGGAGACGUCCAGGCAAACCAGCGAGCCAGACAACAGCAUUUUCUUGAACGAGGACAGUAACCAGCCGCUGCCGAUGGACCGGUUCUUCGGAAGCGUGGCGUUCACGCAGGACCUCCCACCGGCCUCCUUCUCGCGGACCAACACCAGCAGGCGAGAGUUCCGAAGAAUGCAUUUUAUUGCCAAAGAGGAAGAUGAGGAGAGUGGAGAAGAGGUGGUCUGAAGGAUGGCGGUUCUCCCUGAAGACCAGGGAUUCUCAUGGAAAGUUGAAGGCCAGCGAGAACCAAUCUUGAGUGAAUUGUCCCUUUUCCAGAUGCAGUAAAGACAAAAAAAUGUUCCUUGCCGUUGUAGCAUCUUCUAGAGUUUGUGUUCUUCAGAACCGUCAUCGGGAUGGUGAUGGACAUUGGGCUACUCACAAACCAAGGUGCCUGUUUCUGGUGAAGCCCAUGGGUCACAGCGCCCACUACAACCAUGAUGACAGAGCCUUGGAUUUGAGGGAACAACAACCAACCACCCCAAAGUUGUGGGUGCGACAUCGCUGGAGGUCUUCAAAAAGAGAUCGGACAGCCAUUUGACUAGGAUGGAAUAAAGACUCCUGCUUGAACGGGGUUGGAUUAGAUGACCUCUGAGGUGCCUUCCAACUCUUGUUAUUCUGUAUGCUUCUUUCCCCAGGCGUAUCAUUUCUCUCUUUAUCUAAAAGCUCAUUUUUAAUCAUAUUCAGAGUUCAUUCAGAGCUGUUUUGAAGUUUGUAAAACCUGGCUAAACUGUGGACUGCACAUUAAAACCUAGUUUAUUAUGUUCUGUGAACAGAGAUGUUGGAGGGGUUAAAAAAAAACGAUGGCAGAUGUAUGAGCCCUCCCAGUUUGGGCACAUCUACCCCUAACUAUGAAUAAAAGGAUCUAUUUUAGAGCUCAAGAAA